CGUCGAACUCCCUACAAGUUGAAGAGCGAUGUCCCUUUCCGAACUCCUCCUCCUCCUCCACCGCCUCCUCCCUCCCCUUCUCUUUGAUUCGGUCGGAGAGCGCCUUCUUUCGCCGUGGAGGUGGCUUCCUCACCCGUUGUUUGUUUUCUUUCGAGGUUUUCAAGAAUUUGGUUUGUGGAGUUUCCUGACGUCGUGUGAAUCAGGGACGCAGACUCUUUGAGGUUUGGAGAGUUGCUGAUAUGCCUAUCAGGAUGUCUGGAGUUCAAUUUAGAUUACAUGGGGCCAUUCUGGGCAUACUGUUUCCUUACUUUUUGUAUGUUGCUGUGGCCAAGAGUACCGAUCCAUCAGAAGUUCAUGCAUUAAAGGCUAUUAGGAGCAGUCUGAUUGACCCCUUGAAAAAUCUUGCUAAUUGGAACAGUGGAGAUCCAUGUACAUCAAAUUGGACAGGGGUUGUUUGUGCGUCCAUGCCAAAUGAUGGGUACCUGCAUAUAGAAGAAUUACAGCUUCUAAAGUUGAAUCUCUCGGGAACUUUAGCACCCGAACUUGGUCUCCUAGCUCAUCUGAGAAUAUUAGGCUUUAUGUGGAACAACAUAAGUGGAAGUAUUCCAAGGGAGAUAGGCAACAUUACAUCUCUUAAACUUCUGCUUCUGAAUGGUAACCAACUGUCUGGUUCUUUACCUGAAGAUAUUGGCUACCUUUCUAAUCUAGAUAGAUUGCAAAUUGACGUGAACCAAAUAUCAGGGCCGAUACCUAAAUCUUUUGCAAACUUAAGCCGUGUAAAGCAUCUCCACAUGAACAAUAACUCAUUAAGUGGACAAAUUCCACACGAGUUAUCCAGACUACCUAUUCUCCUUCACUUGCUGGUGGACAACAACAACUUAUCAGGACAUCUUCCUCGAGAAUUUGCAGAGCUGCCAAGUCUGAAAAUUCUUCAGCUCGAUAACAAUAACUUCAGUGGCAGCUCGAUCCCAGCUUCUUACAGCAACAUUUCCACACUUUUAAAACUGAGUCUUAGGAACUGUGACUUGCAAGGAUCUAUUCCUGAUUUGAGUAAGCUGCCUCACCUAAUGUACCUAGAUCUUAGUUCGAACCAGUUGAAGGGACCCUUGCCAUCUUAUAAGCUUUCGAUUAGUAUGACGACGAUUGACCUGUCAAACAACUUUCUUGAUGGAUCCAUUCCUACAAACUUUUCAGGUUUUCCGAAGCUCCAGAGAUUGUCUCUCCAGAACAAUCAACUAAAUGGUUCUGUUCCAUCCUCCAUUUGGCAGAAUAUCACUUUUGGUGGAAAUGAUACUCUUUUCUUGGAUUUUGAAAACAAUUCUCUCACAAGUAUACCUGUUGCUUUUCAUCCUCCAGCGAAUGUUACCAUGUUGUUAUAUCGAAAUCCUGUAUGUGCAAAUGCAAAGCAGCCUGAUCUGGUUCGCUAUUGUCAGCCUCAGGUUGAAAAGCAGACUUCUGGAAGCUCGACCAACUCUAACAUAAAUUGCAUCCCUUGCCCGACGGAUAUACCUUAUGAACAUAACCCAAUGUCUCCUAUACCUUGUUUAUGUGCUGUCCCUCUUGGAGUUGGAUUUCGGUUGAAAAGUCCAGGAAUCUCAGACUUUCCUCCAUAUAUUGCUGAUUUUGAGAUCAACCUGACUUCUCUCCUCAAGUUGUUUCUUUAUCAAUUACACAUUGAUAGAUAUAUAUGGGAGGUUGGACCAAGGUUGAGCAUGCACUUGAAGUUAUAUCCAGAUAAAUCUAAUUUAUUUAAUGUAACUGAAAUUUUGCGAAUCCAAAGGAUGCUUAGGGGAUGGGAGAUUACGCUUUCAGAUACUUUUGGGCCCUAUGAGCUCCUCAACUUCACACUGGGGCCCUAUGCAAACGAGAUUCCAAAUACUUCAAAAACGGGAUUAAGCAAGGGGGCAGUUGCGGGCAUUCUUCUUGGGGCAGUCGCUGGUGCAGGCACUGUAUCUGCGUUGGCUACCAUUCUGAUCAUGAGAAGACACUCUAGAAAUCAAGUGGCUUCAAAAAGACGCUCAUCGUCAAAAUUUUCAUUUAAAGUUGAUGGUGUAAAAUACUUUACGUUUGAAGAAAUGGCUCUGGCAACGAACAAUUUCAAUGACUCGACUCAAGUUGGCCAGGGAGGGUAUGGGAAGGUAUAUAAGGGUAUUUUAGCAGAUGGUACACUUGUCGCCAUAAAACGAGCUCAAGAAGGAUCUUUACAAGGUUCAAAAGAGUUCUUCACUGAAAUAGAGUUGUUGUCACGGUUGCAUCACCGAAACCUGGUUUCUUUGGUCGGUUAUUGUGAUGAACAAGAUGAACAGAUGCUGGUUUAUGAGUUCAUGCCAAAUGGUACACUUCGCGAUCACCUUUCCUCAACUAAAUCAAAGCAGCCUUUAAGUUUUGCUAUGAGGUUGCGCAUCGCAUUGGGUUCUGCAAGGGGCAUCAUCUAUCUACAUAGUGAAGCAGACCCUCCUAUAUUCCACCGUGAUAUCAAAGCCAGCAACAUAUUGUUGGAUGCCAAGUUUAACGCCAAAGUAGCUGAUUUUGGACUCUCCCGGCUUGCGCCAGUACCAGAUGUUGAAGGGAUCGUACCUGGUCAUGUGUCAACUGUGGUCAAGGGCACACCUGGUUACCUUGAUCCCGAAUAUUUCCUAACUCAUAAGUUAACAGACAAAAGUGAUGUGUAUAGUCUUGGAGUUGUGUUUCUAGAGCUAUUGACAGGGAUGCGACCAAUUUUGCAUGGCAAAAACAUUGUCAGAGAGGUGAGCAUGGCCUGUCAAUCUGGUAUGAUGUUCUCGAUCAUUGACAACCACAUGGGAUCUUACCCUUCUGAAUGCAUUGAGAACUUUGUGUCAUUAGCACGUAGAUGCUGUCGAGAUGAGCCUGAUGCAAGACCUUCAAUGUCGGAGGUAGUCAGAGAGCUGGAGUGCAUAUGGCAGAUGAUGCCAGAAGCUGAUGCUACGCCAUCAGAAUCCAUGGCAACAGAUUCUGGCAAGAUAUUUACACCAAGUUCAUCCUCGGUAACCAGGAACCAAUACGUGUCAUCCGUUGGCUCUGGAAGUGAUCUUGUCAGCAGUGGAUUCCCCCUCAUUGCCCCUCGGUGAUGUAGCGGUGCUGUAUUCUUUAGAAACCAUGUAAUAUAUUAUGGUGACAUGAACUUCUUUCCCUUUUUUUCUGUCCUGCCCCCUUUUCUCCCAUACACAUAAAGAUCUGUUUGGUGUGAGGAACAAAAGAAGCUAUGUGGAUUUGUUCUCUGGAGUAAUAUUUUUGUGAGGCAGUAUCUGGUCAUUUGCAUAGACGCAUGUACAGCUAUGAAGUGCUGGAUAUAUAGAUCCACCGUUACAAGAUUUUCAUUGAUUAGAACUCUCUUGUUGUUCAUCAGUUGGAUGAUAUUUUGAGCUUGAAAGCAACAUUGUGUA